AUGGCAAGCAACAAAAAGAAACUGGUUUCUAGGUAUGCGGUUGUCACGGGAGCAAACAAGGGAAUAGGAUUUGCAAUAUGCAAGCAAUUGGCUUCCAAUGGUAUCACUGUGGUGCUGACAGCAAGAGAUGAGAAGAGGGGUCUUGAAGCUGUUGAGAAACUCAAAGGGCUUGGUCAUGUGAUUUUUCAUCAACUUGAUAUCACUGAUCCUGCAAGUAUAGGAUCAUUUUCACAUUUCAUCCAGACCCAUUUUGGAAAACUCGAUAUCUUGGUAAACAAUGCUGGAACCUUCGGAGCACAAGUGGACGGUGAAGCUUUGGCUUUGGCUGGUGAAACUCUUGUGGAAACUGGGGGCCGUAUUGAUUGGAAUAAAAUAGUUACUGAAAACUAUGAAUUAGCUGAAGCAUGUCUUAAAACAAAUUACUAUGGAGUGAAGGAAAUAACCAAAGCACUAAUUCCCCUUCUCCAGUUUUCAGGCUCCCCCAAAAUUGUCAUUGUUUCUUCAACCAUGGGAAGACUUGUGAUUAUGCCCGAUGGAAGGCCUAAAGAAGUGCUAAGCGAUGUUGAAAGCCUCAAAGAAGAAAAGAUUGAUGAGACUUUGGAUGAAUUUCUAAAGGAUUAUCAAGAGGGUUCACUAGAAACCAAAGGGUGGCCUUAUAGUGCGUCUGCAUAUACAAUCUCAAAAGUUGCUCUGAAUGCCUAUACAAGAAUUCUAGUCAGGAAAUACCCUUCAUUCUGCAUCAAUGUUGUUUGCCCUGAUUAUGUCAAAACGGAUAUUAAUGAAAACACAGGUUUUCUAACACCUGAUGAAGGUGCUGAAUCUGCUGUCAGGUUGGCACUUCUACCAGGUGGUAGUCCUUUUGGCCUUUUCUUCUAUAGAAGUGAAGAGAAAUCAUUUUAAUCAAGGAUUAAUUGUGCCAUGAAACAGAAACUUGGUUAAAGGAAUAAUACUUAAUGCAUAGUUAAGAACUAGUGCAAGAACUUGAAGAUGCUCUUAUACACAGGUUUAGACACUCUUG